GGCGGUAGCCGGGCUCUCAUUUAAACUACCCAUCUGCCCCCGAUUCUUUUAAUUACGGGCGACCCUCGCGGCUCCGCCCCUAUUUUAAGACCCCACCACGGCACCACCUCCUCCGCAAACAACACACGAACACCGCACCGCAACGUAGCCGGCUAGGGGAAGAGCUCUUUCCUUCAGCUGUGCCGUGCACAACGCACGGCACGCUGGUUUGGUUUGCAUCGCCCCCGCCAAGACGCUGCCGUGAGCAGGCAGAGCGGGUGGGAAGACUGGUGGGCGAGCCGGCCGCGCCGAGGGAUAGCAGCAGCAGCAGCAGGCGGGCGACAUGCCGAGCGGCGGCGUGUUCUCCGGGUCGGUGAACCUCAAGCACGUCAAGCUGGGGUACCAGUACCUGGUGAACCACUUCCUGACGCUGCUGCUGGUGCCGGUGAUGGCCGCCACGGCGCUGGAGCUGGCGCGCCUCGGCCCCGGCGAGCUGCUCUCGCUGUGGCGCUCGCUGGAGCUGGACCUGGUCCACAUCCUCUGCUCGGCGUUCCUGGUCGUCUUCGUCGGCACCGUGUACGUGAUGUCGCGGCCCAGGCCGGUGUACCUGGUGGACUACGCCUGCUACAAGCCCCCCGCCAGCUGCCGCGUGCCCUUCGCCACCUUCAUGGAGCACACGCGCCUCAUCAGCGACGACGACAAGAGCGUGCGCUUCCAGACCAGGAUCCUGGAGCGCUCGGGGCUCGGCGAGGACACGUGCCUCCCGCCCGCCAACCACUACAUCCCGCCCAACCCCAGCAUGGAGGCCUCGCGCGCCGAGGCGCAGCUCGUCAUCUUCUCCGCCAUCGACGACCUCGUCCGCCGCACGGGGCUCAAGCCCAAGGACAUCGACAUCCUCGUCGUCAACUGCAGCCUCUUCUCACCGACGCCCUCGCUCUCCGCCAUGAUCAUCAACAAGUACAAGCUCCGGAGCAACAUCCGGAGCUUCAACCUGUCGGGGAUGGGAUGCAGCGCCGGGCUCAUCUCCAUCGACCUCGCGCGGGACAUGCUCCAGGUUCACCCGAACUCGAACGCGCUGGUGGUUUCGACCGAGAUCAUCACCCCCAACUUCUACCAGGGGAGCCGGCGCGACAUGCUUCUUCCCAACUGCCUGUUCCGGAUGGGCGCGGCGGCGAUCCUGCUGUCGAACCGGCGGCGCGAGGCCCGGCGCGCCAAGUACCGGCUGGUGCACGUGGUGAGGACGCACAAGGGCGCGGACGACCGCGCGUACCGGUGCGUGUACGAGGAGGAGGACGAGCAGGGCUUCUCGGGCAUCUCGCUGUCCAAGGAGCUGAUGGCCAUCGCCGGCGACGCGCUCAAGUCCAACAUCACGACGAUCGGGCCGCUGGUGCUGCCCAUGUCGGAGCAGCUGCUCUUCUUCUUCCGCCUGGUGGGGCGCAAGCUCGUGAACAAGGGGUGGAGGCCCUACAUCCCGGACUUCAAGCUGGCGUUCGAGCACUUCUGCAUCCACGCGGGCGGGCGCGCCGUCAUCGACGAGCUGCAGAAGAACCUGCAGCUGUCGCCGCGCCACGUGGAGGCGUCCCGCAUGACGCUGCACCGCUUCGGCAACACGUCCAGCAGCUCCCUCUGGUACGAGCUCGCCUACAUCGAGGCCAAGGGCCGCAUGCGCCGCGGCGACCGCGUCUGGCAGAUCGGCUUCGGCAGCGGGUUCAAGUGCAACAGCGCCGUCUGGAAGUGCCUCCGCAGCAUCAAGACCCCCACCAACGGGCCCUGGGACGACUGCAUCCACCGCUACCCCGUCGACGUCCCGGAGGUCGUCAAGCUUUGACCUACGGGCUAUGGCUACGACGACAACGAGCGAGCUCGGCCGGCACCGCCGCCGCCGCCGCCGCCGUCCUACUGUGUACCUGUACGUCCUCUCUGUUCUCUUCUCUUCCCAUUUCCUUCGCUAUUAAUAUAAAAAAGGUAAAAAAAGAAAGAAAGAUCCAUAUACACUCUGACUGUUGGAAGUAUUGUCAUCCCUCAGGCAAGGGAUUGGGUGAUUGUAAUUUGCUUGAAUGAGAAUGAAUCGUGCACUUGUAAAUUGUAAUCCACGUUGUAACUGUGUGAAAGGGAUACAUGCAUUCUCCUGAUACUUGGUUGAUGAAGCCAA